UCGACCAUCCUUCCUGUUCAGACUGUGGGGAGGGAUUCCCUCGGUCAUCUGACCAACUGACACGCCCGUCAUUUUAAACAGGGGAAAGGCCGUUCCCCUACUCAGACAAUGGGAAUGGAUUCACUCGGUUAUCUCAAUUGAAGGUACAUCAGCAAGUUCACACUGGGCAAGGCCAUUCAUCUGUUCUUUGCGUGAGAAAGGAUACAGUCGGUCUUCCCACCUGCGGACACACCAGUCAGUUCACACUGGGUAGAGGCUGGUCAUCUGCUGAAUUUCUGGGAAAGGAUUCACUGAGUCAUCUAACCUAAUGGCUCACCAGCGAGUUCACACUGGGGAGAAGCCGUUCACCUGCUCAGAAUGUGGGAAGACAUUCACUCAUUCAUCCAACCUACAGAGUCAUCAGCGAGUUCACACUGGGGAGAAGCCGUUCACCUGCUCAGAAUGUGGGAAGAGAUUCACUCGGUCAUCCCACUUGCAGAGUCAUCAGCGAGUUCACACUGGAGAGAAGCCGUUCAGCUGCUCAGAAUGUGGGAAGGGAUUCACUCAGUCGUCCCACCUACAGAGUCAUCAGCGACUUCACACUGGGGAGAAGCUGUUCACCUGCUCAGAAUGUGGGAAGAGAUUCACUCGGUUAUCCCACCUACAGAAUCAUCAGCGAGUUCACACUGGGGAGAAGCCGUUCACCUGCUCAGAAUGUGGGAAGGAAUUCACUCAGUCAUCCCACCUACAGAGUCAUCAGUGAGUUCACACUGGGGAGAAGCCGUUCACCUGCUCAGAAUGUGGGAAGACAUUCACUCAUUCAUCCAACCUACAGAGUCAUCAGCGAGUUCACACUGGGGAGAAGCCGUUCACCUGCUCAGAAUGUGGGAAGAGAUUCACUCGGUCAUCCCACUUGCAGAGUCAUCAGCGAGUUCACACUGGAGAGAAGCCGUUCAUCUGCUCAGAAUGUGGGAAGGGAUUCACUCAGUCAUCCCACCUACAGAAUCAUCAGCGACUUCACACCGGGGAGAAGCUGUUUACCUGCUCAGAAUGUGGGAAGGGAUUCGCUCAGUUAUCCAACCUACAGAGUCAUCAGCGAGUUCACACUGGGGAUAAGCCGUUCACCUGCUCAGUCUGUGGGAAGAGAUUCACUCACUCUUCCAGCCUACUGGUACAUCAGCGAGUUCACACUGGGGAGAAGCCGUUCACCUGCUCAGUUUGUCCGAAGAGAUUCAGUCGGUCAACCCACCUACAAAGUCAUCAGCGAGUUCACACUGGGGAGAAGCCGUUCACCUGCUCAGAAUGUGGGAAGAGAUUCUCUGAGUCAUCCCACCUAAAGAGUCAUCAGCGAGUUCACACUAGGGAGAAGCCAUUCACCUGCUCAGAAUGUGGGAAGAGAUUCACUCAGUUAUCCAACCUACAGAGUCAUCAGCGAGCUCACACUGGGGAGAAGCCGUUCACCUGCUCAGUCUGUGGGAAGGGAUUCACUCGGUUAUCCGACCUACAGAGUCAUCAACGAGAUCAGACUGGGGAGAAGCCGUUCAUCUGCUCAGUCUGUGGGAAGAGAUUCACUCGGUCAUCCGAUCUACAGAGUCAUCAGCGAGUUCACACUGGGGAGAAGCCAUUCACCUGUUCAGUCUGUGGGAAGGGAUUCACUCAGUCAUCCAACCUGCAGAGUCAUCAGCGAGUUCACACUGGAGAGAAGCCAUUCACCUGCUCAGUCUGUGAGAAGAGAUUCACUCACUCUUCCGCCCUACUGGUUCAUCAGCGAGUUCACACUGGGGAGAAGCCGUUUACCUGCUCAGAAUGUGGGAAGAGAUUCACUCGAUCAUCAACCCUACAGAGUCAUCAGCGAGUUCACACCAGGGAGAAGCCGUUUACCUGCUCAGAAUGUGGGAGGAGAUUCACUCGAUCAUCCACCCUACAGAGUCAUCAGCGAGUUCACACUGGGGAGAAGCCAUUCAGCUGCUCAGAAUGUGGGAAGGGAUUCGCUCAGUUAUCCAACCUACAGAGUCAUCAGCGAGUUCACACUGGGGAGAAGCCAUUCACCUGCAAAGAAUGUGGUAAGGAAUUCACUCAGUCAUCCCAACUACUGGCACACCAGUCAGUUCACAAUGGGGAGUGACCGUUGUUAUGAAUCCCUAGGUAUCAUUUGCUGUGGGCUCUCAUUCUAAGAGAGGGAGAGAUUAAGGUGAAUCAGUCUGACUUGCAUCUCGUUUACAUCGCUCACAGCUUGUUUAGUUUUAACCGAGGACACAGACACUCAGUCAGGUGGAGAUGAAGGAGGAAACAUGCAAGGAUCGAAACAAGGGAACUAGUGGCCAUGGGUCACUGUUUAGAACUUUCCUCUGCCCACAAGGGUGGGUUAAUUAUUGAUUCAGCGAACAUCGAAUGUGUGGUUGUCAUCUCGUUUGAUCCAUAGGAGUGGAUCUGAUUUGGGGUAUCCUGUGAAGACCACUUAUGUGUUAACCCUUGCCUGGGUGUGGUGUGGUAAUUCACUUGAAGACGAUACCCCUUGUGACAAGUCACUUUCGGUGAUAAUUCCUAUGUGGAUUUGGA